AUGUAUUUUACAUAUUUUAAAAAUCAUGGUAAUGCAAAAUUGAAUAAGAAUAAAUAUACUCUUCUUAUAAGGGUAUAUCAUAAAAAUCAUUUUAAGUUAUAUAAAAAAAAAAAAAUAGAAUAUAGUAAAGAUAAUAUUGAUAGUAAAAUAAAUUAUAAUAGACAUACAAAAAUAAAUACUGACAUAAAUUUAUUUAAAAGUUGUACACCUUUUGAAAAAAACAACAGAGGUAUCUUCUUCAUUGCAAACAACAUUAACACUAAGGACAAAAUUAAAAAUUUAAAGAGAAAAAAUAUGUCGAUUUUAUCAAGUAAUAAUAUAGAUGAGACAUUGGGAUGGGAUGACCAACCCAUUUUUGAAUUAGAAAACAUAUCACAAUCAUUAAAUGAUUUAUAUAGAAAAAGGAAAAGUGAAAUAAAACCUUUAAUACAAGUUGCCCCUAUGAUAAAUGUAACUAAUCGUCACUUUAGAGCUUUGGUUCGAAUUAUUAGUAAAAAAGUACAAUUAUGGACUGAAAUGAUUGUUGAUAAUACUUUGUUAUAUAAUAUUAAUAAUUUAGAGGAACAUUUAGGUUUCAAUAAAAAUGAACAUCCAAUAGUUUGUCAAUUAGGGGGUUCUGAUCCUACAUCAUUAUCAGAAGCAGCUUUAUUAGUAGAACAAGCGGGAUAUGAUGAAAUAAAUAUUAAUGUUGGGUGCCCAAGUACAAAAGUAGCUAACAAAGGAGCUUUUGGUGCAUACUUAAUGAAAAAACCUGAACUUGUUAAAAAUAUUGUUUAUGAAAUAAAAAAAAAAGUACAAAUACCUGUAACUGUUAAAAUAAGAACAGGUGUUGAUGAUCUUGAUUCAUUUUCUUUUUUAAGAUCAUUUAUUGAAACAGUUUCAUCAGUUGGUUGUGAGCAUUUUAUUAUACAUUCAAGAAAAGCAUGGUUAAAAGGAUUAGAUCCAAAACAAAAUAGAAGUGUACCACCUUUAGAAUAUAAUAAGGUUUUUGAUUUAUGUAAAUUAUAUCCAAAUUUAAAAUUCACAUUAAAUGGUGGGAUCAAAUUUAUUGAACAAGGAGUAGCAUUAUUAAAUGGCUAUGUACCAAUAAAUAAAACAACAGGUAAUCAUAAUAAAUAUACUGAUAAUAAUUAUAUAAAGGUUAAAGAUUAUGAUAUAAAUCCAUUAUAUGGUGUUAUGAUUGGAAGGGCAUGUAUGGAUAAUAUUACUGUACUGGCAAAAACAGAUAAACUUGUAUAUAACCAUGAUACUUUACCAACAGCUUAUAGUCGAAGAACUGUGUUAGAAGCAUAUAAAUCCUAUUUAGAACAAAAUUCAUCUUUUUAUAGUCUAGUAAAUGCUUUUGAAUUAUUGAAGCCAAUACUUGGCAUACUUAAAGGUAUGCCUGGUCAUAGAUUGUUUAGAAACAAAAUAGAUGCAUAUAUAAGAACAUAUGCAUCUACUUUAAAUUGUGCUCAAAUAUUAGAUAAAGCUAUGAUUGAUGUUGAUAAUAUUGCUCCCGGUUGUCUAGACUUAAAGCUUGAUGAUGAUAAAGCACAACAAGAAUACAUAAAAAAUUAUUAA